UCAUAAAAACGAAGGAAACAGAGCUAGUGACGUCAUCCCCCGGCUAUGCAAAGGGGGGGGGAUAUGUGACGUAGAAGCCAAGAUGGCGGCUCCCCUCUCCACGAUGAAAUUUUGGAAGCCGGGCUCUGAGGCACCGGGGAUCUCAGAGGAGCGGGAGCUGAACUCAGAGACCACCGGCUCCCCAAUCAUCUUCAACCCCCACACCGCACUCUCCAUAGAGAAGCAGCGACAGAAACUCCCCGUUUUUAAGCACAGAAACAACAUCUUGUACUUGGUUGAGAGCUUCCAGACUGUAAUCAUAGUUGGUGAGACUGGAUGUGGGAAGACGACACAGAUACCUCAGUACCUGCUGGAGGCUGGCUGGGCAGCGGAGGGGAAGGUGAUUGGAGUGACACAGCCUCGACGUGUGGCUGCUAUCUCUGUAGCUAACCGUGUGGCAGAGGAGAGAGGGGCCCUGCUGGGCCAUGAGGUGGGCUACACUAUUAGAUUCGAUGACUGCUCUGAUCCCCACGCUACAAGGAUCAAGUUUCUAACAGAUGGCAUGCUGGUGCGAGAGAUGAUGUCUGAUCCUCUUCUGAAAAAGUACAGUGUGUUGAUGCUAGACGAGGCGCAUGAGAGGACCCUCUAUACAGACAUAGCGAUUGGUCUGCUAAAGAAGAUUCAGAAGAAGCGACGAGACCUGAGGCUGAUUGUGGCCUCUGCCACUCUUGAUGCCAAGAAAUUCCAUGACUUCUUCAACCUGAAUGAGUCCGGCGAUCCGAGCAAGGACACCUGUGGAAUUCUGACAGUAGAGGGACGCUCUUAUCCAGUGGAUAUCUUCUACACCGUCAGUCCUGUCCCUGAUUAUGUGAAAGCUACGGUGGAGACUGUGCUAAAGAUUCACGAGACUGAGGAUGAUGGAGACGUCCUGGCUUUUCUCACUGGGCAGGAGGAGGUGGAGAAGGUGGUGUCCCUGCUGCAGGAUCAGGCCAGGACUCUGUCACGGUACGGCAUGAAGAAGCACCUGAGAAUUUUGCCCAUGUAUUCUGGUCUUCCUUACGCCGAUCAGAUGAAGGUCUUUGAGCGGGUGCCCUCUUCUGUUCGCAAGGUUGUGGUGGCCACUAAUAUAGCUGAGACCUCCAUCACUAUAAAUGGAAUCGUAUUUGUCAUUGACUGUGCGUUUGUGAAGCUGCGAGCCUAUAAUCCUCGCACUGCCAUUGAAUCGCUGGUGGUCACGCCCAUCUCCAAGGCUUCAGCCAGUCAGAGGGCGGGGAGAGCUGGACGCAACCGACCUGGGAAAUGCUUUCGACUGUACACGGAGGAGGACUUUGAGAAACUGCCUGCUUCUACUGUGCCAGAGAUGCAGCGCUCCAAUUUGGCCCCUGUCAUCCUGCAGCUCAAAGCGUUGGGCAUCGACAACGUGCUGCGGUUCAGCUUUCUCUCUGCUCCUCCAGCUCAGACUAUGGUUCAGGCACUGGAGCUUCUCUACGCUCUAGGAGGUUUGGAUCAUUACGGCCGUUUGACUGAUCCCAUGGGUGUGCGGAUGGCAGAGUUUCCCCUCAGCCCCAUGUUUGCUAAGAUGCUCCUAGAGUCGGGAAACUUUGGGUGCUCCAAAGAGAUUGUUACCAUAGCAGCAAUGAUGCAGAUUCAGAAUAUAUUUGUCGUGCCACCCAAUCAGAAGAAAGCUGCUGCCCGUGAGCACAGGAAAUUUGCAGUUGCAGAAGGAGACCACCUCACCAUGCUGAAUGUGUAUGAAGCAUUCAUUAAGCACCAGAAGAGCUCCCAGUGGUGUCAGGAGCAUUUUCUCAACUACAAGGGUCUGCUGCGAGCUGUGACCGUACGAGAGCAGCUCCGGCGCCUCAUGAACAAGUUUAAAGUGCCGCGGACCUCCAGUGAAGGUGAUCCAGAUGUGAUCUUGAAGUGCAUUGUCUCUGGAUUUUUUGCUAAUGCAGCUCGCAUUCACCAUUCUGGUUCCUACCGGACUUUACGAGAUGAUCGUGAGCUUCACAUCCACCCAAACUCUGUGCUGUACGGAGAGAAACCUCCAAAGUGGGUUGUCUUCAAUGAAGUGGUGCAGACAUCAAAAUACUACAUGCGUGAUGUGACUGCUGUUGAGUCCUCUUGGCUGGUUGAGUUGGCCCCUCACUUUUACAAGCAAGCCAAGCAUGGCUCGCUGGCCAGCAAAAGAUCCAGGGUCCUCUAAAUCUCCUCAUCACUUCACCACGAUAAAAGAGGAAGAAUAAUUUACCACUGUGCCCCUUCUCCAUUUCACUGUAUAUAAAGUUGUAAUAUAUAUAUAUGUAUAUUUAUUGUCCACCUGCACAACCCCGUCUACACUAUGUGGCCAUGCUACAGUGGGAUUAAGCGGUAUAAUUUCAAUGUUGAUGUAAACAUUUUGAACUUGCUCCAUUUGAAAGUGUCUCUGUUUUGGCUGUGCUGUAGUGUAUAUUCAGUCUAUGAGAGUAAACGCGAAUGAAUGUGAAAUGAGUCCAGGCUGUGCCUGACUCGGUGUCCAUUCUGGGACGGUCAUGUAGUUCAUUCAUAUAUGUAUAUAUAAUCAUAACAGGCUCAGGUCCAGGGAAGGGCUUCGGUGCCACAGGCCUGUCCACACCUGGUCCCAGGCUAUAUAAUUUUUUUUUAAAGUGGUAUAUUUUGUUUCCUGUUGCCGAUGGAUGAUAGAAGACACUGGUCUGUGAGGACGUGCCCUUUAAGAGCAUGUUUUUGUUUUAUAGUUAAUUUGCUUUCCCCAUAAACUGGGUGCCUUUUAUGUUUAAAUUAGUUUACUUAACCUCAGAUUUAAUUUUGAUGUCUUAUAAAUUUCUUUUCCUUCAUACAGAAUGUAGUGGUAUAUAUUUUCAACACAUUUACAGCAUACCAAAACUCAUGAUUUUUUUCAGUCAACCUGAGAUGCUCCAAUACUGAUACUGUGAAGGGAUAGCAUUACUUUAGGAUCCUCGUUUUACACUCUCUUACCGCUCGACUACAAUAUAGCUCAGACAUAGUGGCCUUGUCACCACUUUGUGCCAGUUUAUUUUGACAACGUGUUUUGCAUUUCAUUUUGAAAUGUAAUUGUAGACGUAAGGGGAAAAAAAACUACACCCAAACAUUGUAAACAAAAAGCUGUGAAACUAAAACAAAAAAAUGAAGUGCCAUUUGUUCCUGUGAUGACGUAAAGUGCAUCCAAAGCCUCAAAAGACACUGUAGCAAACAUCUGACUUCAGCCAUUAGAACUGCUUUCUUCUUAUGGUUUCAUAGUUUUAACAAGGCCAUUUGCUUUGUUUUUGUGUCCAACAGUAUUGUCUAAGCAGCUGUUUAGUAAAAGGGUUUUUACAUUCCACAUGUAUGGAUUUAUGAGUUUGUCUUUUUGUUUUCCUUCAGAGGUGUUUGGCCCUGAAAGCUUCAGUGAGCUGUAUAAUAAAGGUUUUGAUAUUAUACUCUGCUGGGAUCAAACCAGUACAGUUACUCCUGCCACCAAAUUUUACAUCUGCAUGCCUGUUUUUUUUUUGUUUUUUUUUCUCUUCUUUUUUAGGUUAUAUCUGUAGAUGCAAACAAAACAAAACACCAAACAGUAGGUAGGCAAACAAAUUCAAAUUAGAUGACUAUACAAUUAAAAGUAUCUCUGCAUGUUAAGUGGUACUCUGAUGUAGACCUGUACAUUUAAGAUCACCUCAUAGACUUGUUGCAGAUGAAAAUAUUUGAGGUGACUUGUUCUCUCAUUUCGUGCAGACAGUAUGUAUGCAGCCAAAGCAGUAAUCUGUAGACCCGUGUAACAGCUUACCUCUGAGAUACAACCUGCCACCUGCCAUGUCUUCCUCCCAUCAUUAAAUAAAGCCUUACUGUCAUACA